UCUCCGGCUAUAAAGACCUCCUAUGUUUGUGCUAAACACCACAGUCAAACUACAUCCUCAGGCAAGAUGAGUCUCUCAGCCAAAGACAAGGAAACAGUGAAGACCUUCUGGGCAAAAAUUUCCUCCAGCGGAGAUGCCAUCGGAGCAGAUGCUCUGUCCAGGAUGCUGGUGGUUUACCCACAGACUAAGACCUAUUUCUCCCACUGGAAGGACCUGAGUCCCGGUUCUGCUCCAGUGCUGAAGCACGGAGCUACAGUGAUGGGAGGAGUUGGAGAGGCUGUGGCCAAAAUUGACGACCUGUCUGCAGGUCUCCUCAGCCUCAGUGAGCUGCAUGCCUUCACUCUGAGAGUUGAUCCCUCAAACUUCAAGGUCCUCUCACACAACAUCCUUGUGGUUUUGGCCCUUAUGUUUCCCACUGACUUCACCCCUGAGGUCCAUGUAGCUAUGGACAAGUUCCUCGCUGCCGUGGCCCGUGCUCUGUCUGAAAAAUACAGAUAAACCUUUGUCUGUUCUAAACUUUAAUAAAAUGCUCAACUGAGU